UAUAUAUUUUUUAGGACAGAUAGGUAGUGUAUGCAGAUAGUUCUAUUUCAAUAAAUAUUGUCAAACAUAUGGCUACUAGAAGUUUAACAAGAAUUUUUGUAAAUUUUCGUAGCAGCAGUUCAAGAGCAUCAACAAAACGUACUGAUUUUAGAUCUAAAAAAUUUUCGGAUGAUACUGUGGCUUUGGUGGCUCAUGAAAAUGUUGAUUUUAGCGGUUUACACAAUGAUGAAAUGAUAUCACCAGAGUGGAGCACAGCUGUUGAAGAGGCUGAGUAUGGUAUAUCAAAAAUUCAAAGCCGAAUUAAAGACCUCACUUCUUUACAUAAUAAACAUUUGAAUCGACCAUCUAUGGAUGACAGCAUCAAUGAAGAGCACACAAUUGAUAUUACUACACAAGAAAUCACACAGUUGUUUCAUCAAUGUCAACGCUGCAUUCAGUCUAUUCAAUCUCAAGCUCGUAUUGCAUCAAAAUCAGAACAAACAGUUAUCCGAAAUGUCAUCUCAAGAUUAGCAUCACAGUUGCAAGAUUUAUCGCAAACAUUUAAGCAAGGGCAAUCAAAUUAUCUAAAAAGAAUGAAAAAUAGAGAAGAACGAGAAAAAGAUUUUUUUGAAAGUGACUACAAGCCAGAUAUCAAUUUUACCGAAGCAAACUUCGAAGAAAGAUAUGAUAAAAGUUUUACUACUGCUCAACUGCAAUUGGUAGAAGAAAAUAACGAGUUUGUUAAACAACGCGAAGAAGAAAUUUCUCAUAUUAUUCGUUCUAUUAAUGAUUUAAAUACAAUAUUUAAAGAUCUUGCUGUAAUGAUAAUUGAUCAGGGAACCAUUUUGGAUCGAAUUGACUAUAAUAUAGAAAUAGCUUCGGUGACAGUGGAACAAGGACUUCAACAACUACAAAAAAGUGAACGCCACCAAAAAAGUAAUCGAAAAAUGAUGUGUAUUUUGUUCUUAUCAGUUCUUUUGGUCAUAAUGCUUAUCGUUCUUGUCAUAACAAAGAAAAAGUAAAUUUAUCGUUCUUGUCAUUACAAAGAAAAAGUAAA